UUAUUGGCUUAAAAUUCGGAGAUUUUUGUAUUUUUCUCUUUCUUACAAGGAAAAAAAAACUAAAAACAUUCUGUUCUUUGGCUGAGAGGUAAUGGCGGAGGAACAAAAGACGAGUAAGGUUGACGUAGAAUCUCCGGCGUUUGUAGCUCCGGCGAAGGAAGCGACUCCUGCUGCUCCGGUUGAAGUCGCGGAAGAGAAGGUUCACAAUCCACCUCCUGUCGAGUCCAAAGCUCUUACCGUUGUUGAAAAACCCAUCGAGGAGCAUACACCGAAGAAAGCUUCAGCUGGUUCGGCCGAUAGAGAUGUGAUACUUGCAGACUUGGAAAAGGAGAAGAAAACGUCAUUCAUCAAAGCAUGGGAAGAGAGUGAGAAGUCUAAAGCUGAGAACAGGGCACAGAAGAAGACAUCUGAUGUGCAUGCUUGGGAGAAUAGCAAGAAAGCAGCUGUAGAAGCUCAACUCAGGAAGAUCGAAGAAAAACUAGAGAAGAAAAAAGCACUUUACGGUGAGAAAAUGAAGAAUAAAGUAGCUGCAAUUCACAAGGAAGCAGAAGAGAAGAGAGCAAUGGUUGAAGCUAAGAAAGGAGAAGAGCUUCUCAAGGCUGAAGAAAUGGCUGCCAAGUAUAGAGCCACUGGUGUAGUACCAAAGGCAACUUGUGGAUGUUUCUAAGUCUUUAUUAAAUUUGUCCCUGAUCAGGUCAUUGUUUGUAACAGUUCAUCUCUGUUUCUUUCUUUUGUGUGAUUAAACAGCUUUUUAUAGUUUUUGGUUAUUUGUUUGGUUGUGUGUCUUGUUUAUAUUUUGGGUAAUUAUGUGUAAAAAACAACAUUAAAGUGAAAGAUCUUAUGGAGUAUAAUCGUAUGAAGAAGCAUCAAUCAUGGUUUGCUUU